AUGGAGGAGUCCUCGCACCCCGUUGCUGCCCUGGUGAUGGCCUCCAAGGUCCACGUCGCCGCCACCUGCUGCUGUAACCCCAGCCAUCGGGAAUCUGCAUCACCAUUUUCCCUCCAUUCAGCCUCACUCGGGAGCAGGUCCCUGAUACUUGGGACCAGGCUGAGACCACGUCCUCCUGGCCCACUCCCCAGCAGCGACGUAGAGGUAGAGGGAGGAGCUCUGGCCGGCAAAACCAGCCUUCCCCUAACCCCUCCCCCACCGGAGCUCCCUUCCUAUCUCCCCCCACCUCCCUGCUCUUGCCCUCCCCUCUGCCGCAACCCAGCUCCUAGCGCGUCAGCGUGGGCUUCCCGGAGCGAGUCGCUAGGUAACAGGGCUGGCUCCGCAGACCCGGGCCAGGGAAAUCCGCGCGCGUCGUCAGCAUUUGCACCGCGGGGCGGGGGAUGCACGGAUCCUCCCCAAUCGUGGCCUGCAGACCCCGUAGGCUGGCUCGCUAAAUGCCUUAAGAGCGCGGAUCGCGGCUGUCUAGCUGCCCCUCCCCUAAGGGGACCCCGACGUCGCCGCCCCUUCUUCCUCCCCCGCUGGUGUGCACCACUCUCCUUGCGGCCAGGUGAGCAACCCUCCACUGCGGUUGCUGUGGCGGCGGAGAUCUUCCCUCCGAGCCCAGGCGCGGGGCAUGAGGCGCCCCCGGGUAUCGCCUGCAGACAACCCAGCCACGCACACCUCGCCAGCCGCCGACGGGGACAUGAGCAGCACGAUCGGGCUUCGCUGCUCGGCGGCCAGCCUCAGCGGCCAGCGGCCAGUGGGUCCUUGCUGCUUGGGAGAAUGAAGCAGGAACCGGCGGCCACCUUUCUCUCUUCCUUCUCGCCUUCCUCUGGCUCCCGCGCCCCGGGCCCGGGCCGGGCUGUGGCUCUGCUGCGUGCCCUGCGCGCCCCCCACUUGCCUCCGGAUGCUCUUCUCGGUUAGCCUGUCGAGGAAGAUAAAGACAUUUGCAACCAAGAUGGUAAUCACAAGUGGGAAUGAUGAAGACCGGGGAGGCCAAGAGAAAGAGAACAAAGAAGAGAGCGUGCUGGCCAUGCUGGGCAUCAUUGGGACCAUCCUGAACCUGAUCGUCAUCAUCUUUGUAUACAUAUAUACCACUCUGUGAAUGGCCCCACGCAGCCUCGGCGGCCUCAGGGUGGCCACAAGACAAGGGUCCUAUGUGUCCACAUAGGUGACCAGACUCUGCAGGGGCCCAGCGGGUUUGAAGACCACACACUGCUCCGUCAAUGCACCUUCGAACUUUCUAUCAGGCCACCAAAUGAACCCAUCCUGCCAUGAGGAGCAGACAUUCUGAAGCACAAUGAAUCCAACGAAACCCAUUCAGGUCACAAGGAACUCAGCGUCCCUGGCAGGGGACCUGGCAGAAUGCUGGGAGGAUCAGCCUUCGGCACUAGUGGUGAGCAAAUGGGUGAGGAAAUGCCUCGUCCUGGAGUGCUGACCACAUCCCACCCUGGGAUGCAGGAUGCGUGGGGCAGAUGCAGCUCAGCUGCCCACCUCCCAAGACCAGUUCUAGGGGUGAUCCGCUCACAGGCAUCCCAUUUGUCAAAUGUAUCCAGCUGUUUGAUACGGGAGAUAGCUUAUUUUUCGUUUUUCAUUGGCUUGACGUGUGUAUCUGUUCAUAUCAAGGUUUAUAAAUAUAUAUUUUUAAUAAAUGUGCUCUAUUUUUUAGCAUGAA